GCAAAAUCUUCAAAACCUUCAUGGACACACAAGAACAAACGAAAAUGACAGAAGAAAAGAAGCUUCACAUAGCGAUGCAUCCAUGGCUGGCCAUGGGACACCUCACCUCGUUCCUCCACAUCUCCAACAAGUUAGCCGAAAGAGGCCACAGAAUCUCCUUCUACAUACCAAUCAAAACGCAGUCCAAACUACUGUCGUUCAACCUCCACCCACACCUCAUCUCAUUCGUCCCCAUCCACGUGCCCCACGUCGAAGGUCUCCCUCCCGGUGCCGAAACCACCGCCGACGUUCCUUUCCAUCUCCUCUCGUUUCUCAUGACAGCCAUGGAUCUCACUCGUCCCCAACUCGAAGCUUCUCUUCAAGAACUCAAACCCCAUUUCAUCUUCUUCGAUUUCACCCACUGGGUACCUGAAGCGGUACGUCGUUUUGGGAUCAAGUCAGUCUAUUACUGCACCGUUAGCCCUGCAACAUUCGGGUUCAUGAUGAGUCCAGAUAGAGAACUGAACCGAGUUUCGUUAACCGAAGCAGAUUUAGUAAGGCCUCUACCGGGCUUCCCAUCAUCUGCUUCCAUUAGAUUUCGGUCCCACGAAGCUCGAGACCUCGUCAAAAUAAUGGAACAAGAAUUCGGGAGCGGAGUCUCGUUCAACAAACGACAGCGAGCCUCGUUAGACGACAGCGACGCCAUCGCUUUCAAAACCUCGAGAGAGAUGGAGGGAGUCUACUCCGAUUACGUGGCCGAGAAGUGGCGGAAGACGGUUAUUCUCGCGGGUCCGGUGGUGCCGGAGCCACCGAAAUCGGUGUUGGAAGGCGAAACGGCGUCGUUUCUUUCGAGAUUCGAGAAGGGUAGCGUGGUGUACUGCGCUUUCGGAAGCGAAUGCGUUCUGGGAAAAGAGCAAUUCCAACAACUUGUUCUGGGUCUCGAGUUGACCGGUCGACCGUUCCUAGUGGCGCUGAAACCCCCAGUUGGGUCUGAAACAGUGGAGUCAGCUUUGCCAGAUGGGUUCGAGAAGAGAGUUGGGAGUAGCAGAGGGAUGGUCCAGGGGGGUUGGGUCCAGCAGCAGCUGAUACUGAGCCAUGGCUCGGUUGGGUGCUUUGUGACUCACUGUGGUUCUGGGUCCUUGCUGGAAGCUAUGGUGAAUGAGUGUCAACUGGUUUUGCUCCCAAACGUUGGAGAUCAGAUUAUCAAUGCUAGGAUCAUGAGUAAAGAUCUCAAAGUUGGAGUUGAGGUUGAGAAAGACGAUGAAGAUGGGUUGUUUACUAAAGAAGGUGUUUGUAAAGCUGUGGAGACUGUAAUGGUGGAGGAGAGCCAUGUGGGCAUGGAAGUUAGGGCUAAUCAUAAGAAAUGGAGAGAGUAUCUUUUGAGUGAAGGGCUUGAGGACUCUUAUAUUGAUGGCUUUAUCAAAACACUAUAUGGUCUCAUCACUACCUCUUGAACCAGAACUAUUUAGAGUAUAAUUUCUUUAGUAGUUUUGUCUUUCUGUGUUCUAAUAAAGUUUUUUUUUUCUUCUUCUUUGAAAAUGGAUGAUUUUCAUGUUAAAAUUAGGGUUGUUUGGUGUACAUGUCUUGAAUCUUUGAGACCUUAAUCCAUUGAGACUUAUAUAUCCUAGUACGAAUGUAAGUUAUUAUUGUUGACCUGCUAUCACAAGAGAAAAAUUGAAUAGUAAGAUUUCUGUUAAUAAGAACUAAAGAGGAUGGUUGAUGAAAUUGAUUGCCCUAGUUUUUAAUCCA